AUGACCAUUUUCAGGAGCCCUGUGCCGCUGCCCGCCUUCCCCGAUGAUCUUACUGUCCCCCAGUUCAUGUUCAGCCCCGCGCCCAAUAGGCCUUUGAGGCCAAGGAAUGUCCCCUUCUUCAUCGAGGACGCUACUGGUCGACGCGUUAGCUAUGAAGAGGCGCAUUACCGGACAUUUGCACUCGCCAAUGCCUUCCACCUCAAGUGGGGUAUCAAAAACGAGGAUGUCGUCUGCAUAUUCAGUCCGAACCAUAUCGACUACGCACCUGUGUUAUGGGGCGUGCAUACCCUCGGAGGAAUUAUCACUCCUGCAAAUCCGAAUUACACAGUCGAAGAACUUCAGUACCAGCUGUCAACAACCAAGGCAAAAGUCCUCGUCACGCAUCCCGAUUGCAUUAAGACUGCACUAUCGGCUGCCAAAGCGGUGGGGCUACCAACAUCAGCAGUUGUAUUGCUUGAUCCUCGGGGACCAAAAGGCUUCAUUACUACCGACCAAUUGGUUUUGCUUGGGUGCACAGAGCCUGAAACCUACACACCAGUCAAGCUCAAGCCAGGGGAAGCUCGUACGAAGCUCGCUUUCCUUUGUUUCUCCAGCGGGACAACCGGGAAACCCAAGGCCGUUCUUAUCACCCAUCAUGCCCUCAUUGCUAACAUUGUCCAAAUGGGAGCCCAUUUCAGGGCCCUAGACCCGAAGCGCAAGAGUGAGAAGCUGACGCCAGGAGAUACGGCAAUUGCAGUCCUCCCCUUCUUCCGUAUGUCGCGUGGAGUUAUUCUCAGAAGGCUGAGACAACUUACUGCCCGUUCUGCCAGACAUCUAUGGCCUCUUCAUCUUCAUGCAUAUGCUCAUGUACAUCGGGUCCCGAAGUUUAACUUCAAGGACUUCCUGAAGAGCAUCGUGAAAUACAACGUCACCCAUCUCUAUAUGGUUCCUCCACAGAUCGUCCUUCUCUGUAAAGUGAUUCACAGCCACCAUCCAGAAGCAAAGAAGUACGAUCUCAGCCAUGUCAAGUUUUGCAUGUCGGGUGCUGCGCCGUUGAGCGGAGAACUUAUGAAGCAGGUUAUCCAAGUGCUUCCGAACUCGGUGAUUGGACAGGGAUAUGGAUUGACGGAGACCUUUAGUGUCUCUUCCAUAGACCCGGACGUCAAGAUCGCCCGAGUGGGCAGCGCUGGACAACUUCUACCGGGAAUCGACGCCAAGAUCGUGAAGGCAGAUGGGACACUCGGUAAAGAAGGGGAGCACGGGGAGCUCCUAGUCGCCGGUCCUUGUCUGGCCUUGGGCUACCUGAACAACCCAGAAGCGAAUGCCACCACUUUCGUCGACGGAUGGUUCCGCACUGGCGACGAGUGCGUCAUCAAGGACGGGGAGAUCUACGUACUCGAACGUCUCAAGGAAAUCCUCAAGGUCAAGGGAUUCCAAGUAGCCCCUGCGGAACUGGAGGGUCAUAUCCUUCUUCUACCCGACAUCGCUGACGCUUGUGUCGUUGGUCUUCCCGACGAUUAUAGCGGCGAAGUCCCCCUCGCCUUCGUCGUUCCAUCGGCCAAGGUGAAGGAGCGAAUUGGCAAUGACCCUGUUAAACAUAAGCAACUCAAAGACGCUGUUAUCAAGCAUGUCGCGGAUGCGAAGAGUCACUACAAAUGGCUUACUGGAGGAGUCGAAAUUGUAGAUGUCAUUCCCAGAAACAAUUCAGGAAAGUUGUUGCGACGGGAGUUGCGAGAAAGAGCCAAGGCGAUGGCAGCAGCGAAACCGGCGAAAGCGAAAUUAUAG